UUGAAACUGGAGCAGCAGCACGGCCAGGUGGACUGGGGACAGCAAGGAGUCAUCAUGUCAGGUAGUCCUGGGGCAUGGUCCUAGGUCCUAGGUGAUCUACCAUAGGUGACUUCCUCCCUCCCUCUAGGUGAUCUACCAUAGGUGACUCCCUCCCUCCCUCUAGGUGAUCUACCGUAGGUGACUUCCUCCCUCCCUCUAGGUGAUCUACCAUAGUAUAGUACGGGGUUAAGGGUGUAUUGAUGGUACAGGGUUAAGGGUAUAUUGAUGGUACAGGGCUAAGGGUGUAUUGAUGGUUAAGGGUGUAUUGAUGGUACAGGGUUAAGGGUGUAUUGAUGGUACAGGGUUAAGGGUGUAUUGAUGGUUAAGGGUGUAUUGAUGGUACAGGGUUAAGGGUGUAUUGAUGGUUAAGGGUGUAUUGAUGGUACAGGGUUAAUGGUGUAUUGAUUUUGUAGAGCGGUCUGAUGGUUCCAGGUGUUUGUUCAAAGUCUUGUCGGCCAUCUUGUGUCUGAGAUCCAUUAGUGUCCUGCGGUUUCUCUAAUCCUCAUUCACAUGUAAUGGCGCAGAUAGCAUGUGAAUGGACAGCCACAAACUGCAGAGCCGGCCGUUAGCACACACGCUAAUGAACCCUCACUUUGCAUAGGUAUUAAUAUGGCUAGCACUAGGCUUUAACACCACAAAAUGAUGAAAAAGUCAAGGGGUGUGAAAACUUUCUGAAGGCACAUGUGGGGGGUGGGGGCUUCCUGUCAGCAUCACCUACUACAUAUGGUGUCAAUAGAAGGAACAGUCGGGGGCAGGGCAGGCUGAUGGCAGUAUAAGAGGCAGAGGGGUGGAGGGAGCUUUGUCACUUUGCUCUCAUUCACAGAGACAAUCACUCUCUGGACAAACACCCACGACGGACACACACACUGAAGACACACAUUCAUUAACUGAGAAGAGAUCCUGAGAGGGACCCACAGCACCACAGCAUCCUGCCCAGAGAGAGAGAGACUGAUUCCUGGGUAAAGAGAGGAGCUCCAGACCCUUCCUAUCCUGAGAGGGACCCACAGCACCACAGCAUCCUGCCCAGAGAGAGAAAGACUGAUUCCUGGGUAGAGAGAGGAGCUCCAGACCCUUCCUAUCCAGCCAUGAGGAUCAUCAGCCUACUGUACCUGCUGCUGCUAGUAACUGUUCUAGGAUCCGUUUCUGCAUUGAGACCAGGUAGGACAACACAACGGAGAAGGUACCACAGACAUCACUGCCCCCACCGCCGCUGCAUGCCCCUGCACUCCAGAGUACCAUUCCCCUGA